AUGCGCCAAACACUUCGCCGGUCCUGUGCUGCAUGUGCCAAAUCUAAACUGAGCUGCGACCUGCGUACCCCACGCUGCUCUCGCUGCACCAAGCGCGACGCCCAGUGCGUCUAUGCGAACGAGCCGUGGACCCCCGCUGCUCCCGCUGCUCCAGAAAGCAGACCAGCAAAGGCAGCACACGGACUCGUAACUCUAACAGACUACCGACUCAAUACCCUUGAUCCUUUCGAAUCGUACCCGCCGACGAAACUGCCCCGGAAUCACGUUCAACGUCUCAUCCAUAUCUUUAUCCACAAGAUUGCGUUCGAAUAUUAUCCUCUCGACCUGAACCCAACGUCCAAUCCCUUCCUCGUCUCAUGGUGGCCACUUGCUUUGGGCGACCCGGCACUGUUUCACGUCUCCCUCCAGACAGCAUGUCUUGAUGAAGAGCUGUCAGCCCAGAGGGGCUUUCAGACUUCAGAGCUUCUUAUGGCAGACUCCCUGGCGUUGCUGAGACGAAGGUUUGACGACUUGUCACUGGCCAUGCAGGACGUGACGAUGAACUCGAUCAUCACCUUGGCAGCUAUUGAAUUUGGCAAGGGCAAUAUCCGCGUCAGCGAGAUGCAUGUCGAUGGUGCCAAAAGACUGGUAAAUCUGAGGGGUGGGAUCAAUUCAGUGAGGCACACUAGCCCUUUGACGGCGAGGAUGGUCGGUUGGGUAUCGCUACUCAUCAAGGGUCAUCCUCAAUUUGAGACCCAGGAUGAUGUCGGAAUUGGAGACGGCAUACCUCCCAUUCCAGAAUGGCAGUUGGACAUGACAGCCCUGCCCGCCAGAAUAUCAGAGCUUAGCAGCCUGCAUGUCGACGAUUCAGUCUGGAAUGUGUUCAUCCGCCUCCUCAGCACAUUCCAACGGGUGCAAUACACACCUUUCCCGCCCGCACGACUCCAUGAUCUCACAUGCUUUGUUAUCCAUCGACUUUUGUCCUCGGCUCCGGACAUGUCAAGCCCUCAGUCUUCACCUGUUACUGAAUGCAUUCGUUACGCAAUCAUACUCUACAUGUUCACCAUCCAGGGGCCGACGUAUUACUCGCAUGCAGUCAUAUUGAGCAUGAUGGUCGGCCGAUUUAUGGAGCAUCUCAUAAGACUCUACUCGACACCGCACGUGCCUGGUUCGCUUGAUUUAUGGCUGUUUUCGAAUGGCUUAGUCGCCUCGAGUGGCACGCCUCUCUACCGGUGGUUCAUGGAAAGAGCACGGGCUCUGGCCGCUGAAUUGCAAAUGUCAAGCUGGGAUGAUGUUCUUAUCCGUAUCAAAUGCAUCCUGUGGUUGGAGACAGCACGCGCUGAAGGUAUUUUUCGGCUUCACUGGGACGCUAUCCUGGAUGACGCAAUAGAUCAAGGCAAGCGGUAUAUACCCUGUGUCCUAGCGGGCAGCACCGACGCAGGACUAGAAUGGAAAGCUAUUCUAUCUCCCAAACAGUUACCUGACAUCCAAGAUGCACUAAGUACCGAUGAACGGUGA